AGAGUGCUCUAUUCAGCGAUUUGCCUCAGUGGAGAGUACAGCUCAGAUCUUAGCAAUGGGGUCCCUGGCUUGUCCUAGUGCUAUUUUGGUGCUAUUUGUAGUUGCUCUCCAGACUGAAGCUAAUCGACUGCCUUGGCAUAGUCCUCUGAAGAAAGAAUACAAAUCGUAUUUGGAUCGUUCUCCAUAUUCUCUACUAGACGACGACACUAAGGAAUCUCUCAACGGAUCUUUGCCACAGGAUCCCCAGAGUGCUAAUGAGGAACCUGAUCGUAAAGCGUCUCCCACGCCUGCUCCGAAGCCUGUUCCUUUGCAGUCCCAGGAAAAACAAGAUCCUGUGAAGCCGCUGAAAUGGAAGUUCCCCAGCAGACCAGUGCCCCCAACAGAGCCCGAGGUACCGGUUGUCCCCAAAAUGCCGGUGCCAGCCAAUUCUGUGGCAGCGAAGUGUGGAGCGACUGAUGUGCAAGUGGAAGUGCAUCGGGACUUCUUCGGCACUGGCCGCCUGAUCCAACCAGCAGAUAUGCUUCUUGGUGACUGUACUUUCACAAGGGAGGACCUCUCUGCACAGGUUCUGCUCUUUGAAUCUGAACUGCAUGGGUGUGGCAGCAGUCUUCAGGUGACUGAAGAUGAACUAGUGUAUACCUUCACGCUUACGUAUGUGCCUAAAGUUUAUCUUGGAACUUCAAUCAUGAGGAUGAAUAGUGCCACUGUUGAUAUCAACUGCCAUUAUCAAAGGGUGCAUAAUGUGAGCAGUGAUGUCAUCACACCCACCUGGAUCCCGUUUACUGCCACUGAAGUUGCUGAGGAGGUCCUAGUCUUCUCCUUGAGACUCAUGACUGAUGACUGGAAGUUUGAGCAGGCCUCAAAUGCCUUCUACCUGGGAGACCUCCUGCACAUGGAGGCCUCAGUGAUCCAGUACAACCAUGUGCCGUUGCGCGUGUUUGUCCACUCCUGUGUGGCCACUCCAGUCCGUGAUCUGAACACAUCACCCAGAUAUUCAUUCAUUGAGAACCAUGGGUGUUUUGUUGAUGCCAAGCUGACCGGCUCCAGGUCUCGCUUCCUGCCUAGGGCUCAAGAUAACCAGCUGCGGUUUGAGCUGGAGGCCUUUAAAUUUGCACCGGGAUACGGAGACGAUAUCUACAUUACCUGCGAGCUGGUGGCAACUGCAGCCUCAACAGUUUCCAAGGCUUGUUCCUUUGCUAAUGACCGUUGGACUUCUUCUGGUGGUAUGGAUGAGAUGUGUGCCUGCUGUGAUUCUACAUGUGGAACCGGACAGCCUGAAGCUGGAGAGUGGAAUUCGGAGGCCUCCUUGGGGCCAAUAAAGGUCAAGAAACAAAACUGAGCUGUUUUGAAAAUGUCUGCAUGUUAAAAUAAAAAUGCCUUUAAUCUAUA